AUGGUUGCCGCCCUGAAAUUGACCACGAUGCCGCCCAACACCAGGAUCCUGCAAGACGACUCUGCCUCGGCCCUACUGGAGCAACUGCGGGAUCGGUCGCUUCGCUCGUCACAGGUUCGGAAUCUGGUCGGGCAAAUCACUCAGAUCCUGGCCAAGAGCGUCAUCACGCCGCCGUCGCCGAAUGAGCAGAUUGCCAUCAUCGUCAUCCUCCGCUCGGGCAUGGCCAUGAUGGAGCCUUUCGUCUCCCAACUCCCCAGUGACACCGACAAUGUCAUCUACCACCUGGGCCUGUUCCGAGAGAAGGAGACCCUUCAACCCGUCGAGUACUACAACAAGCUCCCCCGCAAGAGCCCCCGAAUCAAGCACGGAUAUGUCCUGGAUCCUUUGAUCGCCACCGGCGGCACUGCCACUGCCAGCAUCCAGAUUCUCAAAGACUGGGGUCUGGAGAAAAUCACCUUUGUUUCCCUUCUGGCCAGUAAUUCUGGGUUGGAUGCCGUGGCAGGCACCUGGUCCGAGGGGGUCGAGUUUAUCGUCGGCGCGGUCGACCAGGGACUGGACAGCAAGGGAUUUAUUCAACCAGGACUGGGGGAUAUCGGCGAUCGACUGUUUGGUACAACCAACUAA